GAAACAUAACAUUUUACUCGUUUUCGUUAUCUCCCGUUUGUUAGUAUAAAUUUUCCGGUGCAGAACGGCUGCCAUGAUCAUACGUGUAUAAAAAACGUUGAAACAACUGUCCCACCUGGCCAAAUGGUAUCCCCCAGCGGAACACCUCCAGAUGAGGAUAUAGUCCAGAUAAAUGCCACUAUGAACGAUAAUGACGACGUCAAUGAGAACGCUAUGAACAUUCAAAAAGAAGAUAUUCCCACCUCUUACCCCCCAGCAACCAAGCUUGCUAAAUCCUCGUCUCGCCCGCCUAAACCAAAGAAUAUCUCCAACCCUCUACAAACUGGAAUACUCACCUAUCUCAAGAACCACCGGCACCAACUCAAUAUACAUACAUCUCCUAAUCCCGUUUCACUAUCAAUCCCCCUGCCAAAGAGAUUCACAAUUUACCCACCUCUCCUUUUACUACCAUCAAACACAUUCUCCUCGCCACCCGAGUGGGCGGCGCUCUACAGUACUCUAUCCAACAUACAGCGCCAGGAACUUUAUGCAUGCAUAGCUGCAUCCUUUGCAUCCAAGGGCAUCACGCACAUCGCGAUGAACGCGCCCAUAGCUCCGACUAUGACUACGACAGCCACUCCUAGCGUUGAGAAUCGUAUUCGGAGCCCGUCAGGGUUGGUGCCUUUGUAUGGGGAUUUUGGGGCGGGGAGUAAUGAUGGUGAUGAGGAUGUAUGGGGAGAAUGCGAAGACGCUGAAGAAAAAGAAGCCUAUCCAACAGAGGCGGCGUUGCAGUCUGCGUUGUGGGUUCGUGCGGUGCAGAAUCGUGGCAUCGUGCAGAUUUGGGCGCCGUUGCAUUCCAUGUUUAGUCGGGGGAAUGUUGUGGAGAAGGCGAGGAUUUUGGGGAUUGAGUCCCAGUUUGCAGGGCUUGAUGAUGAUGAUGAUGAUGAUGGACAGGGGGAGGUGGAGGGGAAGAGACUACUGGGUCAGCGAGUGGGGGAUAUUGCGGUUGUUGAUAUGUAUGCUGGCAUUGGCUACUUUGUGUUUUCGUACCUGAAGCGAGGGGUCGGGAGGGUAUGGGGCUGGGAGAUUAAUGGGUGGUCGAUUGAAGGGUUAUGUAGGGGAUGUAAAGAUAAUGGAUGGGGGGUGAAGGUGGUCAAGGUCGAUAAGCAAACGGGCGAGAUAGAAGGGGGAAUUGACGGGUUAGUUAGGGAGUUGAGAGAGGAAGAUCGUAUGGUAGUUUUCCAUGGCGAUAACAAGUUUGCAGCGGAUGUGUUGAGGGCGCUGAAAGAGGCACUGCAGCAGAGGAAGAUGUGGAAGCGCAUCCGGCAUGUUAACCUUGGGCUAUUACCAACUUCUAAGCCGGCAUGGGAUGGGGCUGUGAGGGUUCUGGAUAUGGAGGCGGGAGGUUGGAUACAUGUUCACGAAAAUGUGGAUGUGAAGGAUAUCAGGAUGAUGGAAGAGGAUAUUGUUAUAGAGAUUAAUUCUCUACUCCGAUCAUCUCGAGGUAGCGGACAGCUAUCAUCGUUCUCUCAUUCUUCUAUUCCAGCAGCGAAGUGUAUCCAUGUGGAAAGAGUUAAAACAUAUGCCCCAGGCGUGAUGCAUUGCGUUUUUGACGUUUAUAUACCACCUUCCCCUGGCUGGUUGGAAUCGGGCAAUAGAUUAACCUGAUGCGUAGUAUAUCUAUUCAACAUUAUGAAAUCUAUAAACCUCCAUUCCCUUCUUUUUGAUGCUGAGUAUAUUCAACGAAAGAAAAAAAGAGAUAACGUAAAAUAACAUACAAUGCAUGGGAAUAUAGUUUACAGAAAAUCUCACUCAAACCCAUAUCACAAACGUGUGCAUUCGUAUCUUUCUAAACAAGACAUUAAUGCGUUUCAAGUAUGGCGGCCCCGUAAAUAACGGUGUCGCUAAAGCAAAAAAGACAAGAAAACCCAGAA